GACAAUUGACUCACCGAAGUAGACAACCCUUCCCAAUCAAUUGCUUUCCUUAAACUACCCAAGAAAGCUGUUUCCACUUCCCCUAAUUCAGGAGAAACCAAACGAAACCCGCUCAAAAAGACAUCAUCUCCACACUCUUGAACAACUUCAAUCACAAGCGAACCACUCACGUUUAACUCCCACACCAAGCUACCCAAGCAUACACACACAAAAAGAAAUUUGCUUUGCAAUGGCAAACAAAGCCCAAAUAGCGGCUGCCUCGUGGGGGGUCAAGACCAGCUUCCACUCCCUGGUGGCUCUCCUCAUCGCCGGCGUCGUCAUCGUCGUCGUCUACCUCACCCGCGACGCGGAGCAGCCGCCGCCGCUGGAUGAAGAUAGAGCGGCCAUCCUACAGAGCUCGGCCGAAAUGGCUUCGCCGGCGCCAGCACCGUCCACAUCGAUGUCAGUGCCGGAGUGGGAGUGUGACUUGUUCUCGGGGCGGUGGGUGUUUGACAACAUGUCGUACCCACUCUAUAAGGAGCAAGAGUGCAAGUACAUGUCGGAUCAAUUGGCUUGCGAGAAGUUCGGCCGGACGGACUUGAGGUUUCAGCAAUGGAGGUGGCAACCCCACGGAUGCGACCUUCCUAGGUUCAAUGCCACAGCAUUGCUGGAGAGGUUGAGGAACAAGAGGCUCGUGUACGUGGGUGACUCGCUGAAUCGAGGCCAGUGGGUGUCCAUGGUUUGCCUGGUCGAGUCGGCCAUUCCUCCGAACCUCAAAUCCAUGUCGUUCAAGCACAACAACUCCUUGAUCAUCUUCAAGGCCUCUGAAUACAAUGCGACUAUUGAGUACUAUUGGGCACCAUUGCUAGUGGAAUCCAACUCCGAUGACCCCGUCAAUCACCGGGUGCCCGAUCGGAUCGUCCGGGUUCAAGCCAUCGAGAAGCAUGCGAGGCAUUGGUCCGACGCGGACAUUCUCAUUUUCGAUUCGUAUCUUUGGUGGAGGAGACCCCAAAUGAAAGUUUUGUGGGGCUCGUUCGGAAGUCCGGAUGGAAUUUACAAAGACGUGAUGAUGCCACGUGCCUAUGAGAUGGCUCUCAGCACAUGGUCGGAUUGGUUGGAAGUACAUGUGAAUAGAUCCAAGACCCAAGUCUUCUUUGUUAGCAUGUCUCCAACUCACGAAAGAGCCGAGGAAUGGGAUGGGAACGAAGGCCAAAACUGCUACAAGGAAACCGAACCGAUCACCAAAGAAGAAUACUGGGGAAGUGGGUCGGACCGGGCAAUGAUGCGGGUCGUCGAGUCUGUGGUCGACCGGUUGAAGGCGAGAGGUCUCGGGGUUCAGAUCCUGAACAUCACUCAGCUCUCGGAGUACCGGAAGGAAGCACACCCAUCCAUACAUAGGCGACAAUGGGAACCCUUAACCAAAGAGCAAGAGGCAAAGCCGAUAAGCUAUGCGGAUUGCUUCCAUUGGUGCUUGCCCGGAGUGCCAGAUGUGUGGAACGAGCUUCUCUACGCCCACAUUUUCCAGAAUCGGACGCAAAGAUUAGAGGGUAGAGUCGAAGGAUUGUGACUCAGAUAGCUUCUUACUUACUUUGACUUUUUCUUUACAACUUGAGGUUUGGCCACAAUUAAAGUGAAGUUGGGAUGGAUUUACCUCCCCACCACACCACAAGCAAAAAAUAGUCUUGAAAGAAGAAAGAAUGUACAAAGGGUGCCUGGAUUUCUUUCUCUUUUUCCUUUUUUUCCACCAUUUUUUUCUUA